UUCUUCUUGAAGUCUGCUCGUUAUAUCCAGAUUUGGAAUUUAUGGAUUCAAAAAAUUGAUUGAUAAGAUUUGUGAGAUAUUGAAAUUUGACGCCAAGUGUUUGAUAUUUUGACUCACUGAUUGAUGUUUUGCUUUUUUUUGGUGGAAGCUUUGUGAUAUGCUAGUACUGAAUUUGACUUGGAUCUAUACAUGUUUGCAGUUGAAAGUGUUGAGCAGAAAUGAGUGAGAAAAAGUCUAGGUUACGCAUGUAUUUGUAGUAUAAAAUGCCCUAAUUUUAAGCUUCAUUGCUUUAUUUCAUGUGUAUUAACUGCUAAUAUCCACAGAAUUUGGUGGAUGGUGGAUGAGUUUGGCUUGUAUAGUUUCUACAGAUUGCUGCUAUCAGCUCAUGAGAUUCUAUCAUGCCUUUAAUUCUUCGUAUAUUUAUUAAUCGGUGUGAAACUUUACUGCUGAAUUUGAUGAAUGCAUUUUGAUUUUCUGUCAGGAACUAUAUAUCGUUAUCAUUUCUAAUCUAGCAAUGAGAGUUAUGAAUUGCUUAUUACUACCAUCUUUGGAAUCCAUCAGUUUUUGUUUCCUCGAUUGAAUUGGCGCGAGAAAUUCUUGGUUGAUUGCUAAUGCUGUGGUUAUGAGUGAACUAUCAGUUACUUCUUUCGGCACUGUGAAAUGAGAUGCAUUCUUCCUGGUUGCUUUGUUAGCACUCCGUAUGCUGUUAUUUCAGUGCUGACUGCAGAGGCGGAUUUCUACUAUUGCUUAUUGGAAAAUGAGUUCAUUCCUUAAUCUGAUUACUCGCUGAGUAGGGUUCAAAGAAGUUGAUUCUGAAUGGGAAAUUGGGAACUUAGACUAGGCAACUAGAUAUAGUCUACAUUUUGAUAGAAUCAUUGGCGUAAUAAAUUUCUUAGAACUUUAUAGUCUAAGAUGGGUGGUAAAUUGAUUACUCCAAAAGCUUAAUCUUCUUUGUAUUACCCUUCAUUCCUUCAUUAACAAUGAGUUUGGUAUAAGCUACGAGGAAAUCAUUCGAUGAGGGAUGGGCAUGGCUUCAUCGCUUCAUUGUCCUCUGUUUACUUUAUUAUAUAAAGAGCAUCCAAGAAUUGCUAACAAUGGUGUAUUUAUGGACUGUUAUGAAUGAUACUCCAUGUUACAAUGUUUCUAGAAUAUUUCAUUUGGAAGCUGCAACUAGAUUUCAUUUUAUGGAAUCAGCUGUCUUUACAAUCACCAGAAUACUACUGUAGUGUUGGGUCAUGUUGCUCUAAUAUUGCUUCUCCCAGCACGCUUGUGUGUCGUAAAAAAGAGAAUUAACAUGCUAGCAGCUACUCAGUUCCACCCUGUUAUCAAUGCCUCCAAAAGAGGAAGCUUUAUUAAUGUAAGAAAUCCUGCAAAAGUUGCAUCCAUUCGCUUCCGAUACCUUGGCAGAAGAGUUGUUUUUUCUGAAGGAGCUAAGACCUUGAAGCUUUUAUCUUCGAUUCAAAAGAGGGAUCAUAGUUUUGUUCUGAACGCAGAUGGCCACGCAAGUGCGUCCAUAUUGGAAGAAAAAGGAGAAGAAACAAGUGAAGUAUCCGUAUUGAAUCUUGAGUCGAAUACAUUCUUGAGCAAAUGGUCACCUCCUCGCUACUUAUGCAGAGGAUUAACCGUUCUGAUUUUGGCGGGGCAGGUGGUUGUCAGGACUGUUAAGGGAAAGAUUCACUGGAAAAACACUCUUCAGCAGCUUGAAAGAGUUGGACCUAAAUCAGUGGGCGUAUGUCUCCUCACAGCCGCUUUUGUUGGCAUGGCCUUCACUAUUCAGUUCGCGAGGGAAUUCACCCGACUCGGGCUGAACAGAUCCAUCGGUGGGGUUCUGGCCCUCGCUUUCUCGAGGGAGCUGAGUCCCGUGGUCACAUCAAUCGUCGUUGCUGGGCGUAUUGGAAGCGCCUUUGCUGCAGAGCUGGGGACGAUGCAAGUCUCAGAACAAACCGACACACUGAGAGUUCUUGGUGCGAACCCCGUUGAUUACCUCGUGACGCCAAGAGUACUAGCUUCGUGCAUCGCUCUCCCCUUGCUAACGCUAAUGUGCUUCACCCUAGGGAUGGCGUCGAGCGCCUUCCUAGCUGACAGCGUCUACGGCAUCAGCAUCAACAUAAUCCUGGAUUCCGCACAGAGAGCUCUCCGAGGGUGGGAUAUAAUCAGUGCAAUGAUCAAGUCAGCGGUAUUUGGCUUGAUAAUAUCGAUCGUGAGCUGCGCGUGGGGUGUCACCACCAUGGGAGGUGCGAAGGGCGUUGGAGAAUCAACGACAUCGGCUGUCGUCGUCUCCCUUGUCGGGAUUUUCAUUGCGGAUUUCGCGCUCUCUUGCUGCUUUUUCCAGGGAGCUGGAGAUACGCUCAAGAAUUGUAUGUAAAUUCAUAGUCACCAUAGCUUUUUAUUAGACAAACACUUGAAUUAUACUGCUCUAUGUUGUGUAGAAGCACCUCUGCUCCUUUUCUUCUAUCUUCUUAUGUUCUUUUUCUGCUUUUAUUCUUUAUAAUUAUGUAUUUUCUUUUUUGUCUAUAUACAAUUUCGUUGAAGGAAAGGAAAAUACGAGACUCGGGAAACCUAUAAUUUGAGUUA